ACAGUUCAACGAAGACAUGAUCCCGACGGUGGGCUUUAACAUGAGAAAGAUCACCAAGGGGAACGUUACCAUAAAACUCUGGGACAUCGGUGGCCAGCCGCGGUUGCGCAGCAUGGGGGAGCGGUCCUGCCGUGGAGUGAGUUCCAUUGUGUACAUGGUGGACGCCGCUGACCAGGAGAAGAUAGAGGCCUCCAAGAAUGAACUGCACAACCUGCUCGACAAGCCGCAGCUCCAGGGCAUCCCGGUCCUAGUCCUGGGGAACAAGCGAGACCUGCCCGGUGCCUUGGAUGAGAAGGAGCUCAUUGAGAAGAUGAACCUCUCUGCCAUCCAGGACCGAGAGAUUUGUUGCUACUCCAUCUCCUGCAAAGAAAAGGACAACAUCGACAUCACCCUACAGUGGCUUAUCCAGCACUCGAAGUCUAGGAGAAGCUGAGAUCCCGUGGACCGCGGCUCGGAUCGGGAAGAUGCCAUUGUACAAGCCCAUGCCCCUUCUCUCUCCUGCUCUGUCCCUCCAGCUCUCUCUCUAGAUGGGUAUUUUUAGGGGACCCCAGACUCCGCUCGCAUUGAGGUGGAGCCCUUGUUUUUAUUGUAAAGAAAAUGUCUGACUGCCCUCCUCAA